AUGCCAAGCACAAUGGAGGCAACACAGAUCUUGAUUGCAGGUGAAUUGACUAUAGGAACUUGGGGAAAUGGAUUAUUGGUUAUCUGCACUGGCUCGCUCAAAAGGAGAGAGAUCUUCUUGAUUGACAGCAUUCUGGUCAGCUUACCCAUCUCCAAAUGUUUGUUGUGAGUAAUAUCUUUAGAUAGCUUUGUUAUGCUGCUCUCUCCAGAUACAUAUGCCCAUGGUGAGCUAGUGAACAUUUUGGAUGUUUCCUGGACACUCAGCAAUCAUUCAGUUGUCUGGUUUACCUCUUCAGGCAUCUUUUGUUUACUCAGGAUAGCCAAUAUAUCCCAUUUGUUUUUCCUCUGGCUGAAGCUAAAGAUUAACAGGGUCAUCCUUGGGAUCCUUCUAGUGUCUUCCUUCUCCUUAAUUAUUAGUAUUUCAUUGAAUGAGGAAUCCUGGUAUUUCAAGGUCAAUCAUGAAGAAAACAUAACUUGGGAAUACAAAGUGAGUAAAACCCCAAAUGCUUUCAAAUAGAUUAUCUUGAAUCUGGGGGUUAGUUCUCUUCUUUGUCUGACCUCAUUUCUCUUGUUACUUUUCUCCCUAUUUACAUACACCAAGCAGAUGAAACUUCAUGCCACAGGGUCCAAAGACCUCAGCAGAGAGGUCCACAUGAGGGCCAUAAAGGCAUUGAUCAUCUUUCUGUUCCUCUUCAUUAUGUAUCAUGCAAUCCUUCCUGUAGUAAGCUCCAGCUUACUGACUCCUUCAGGAAAACUUGUGGUGAUGUUUGUGACUCCUUAGGGAAAACAUGUGAUGUGUGGUAUAAUAACUGUCAUUUAUCCAUCAAGCCAUUCAUUCAUUAUCGUUAUGAUGGGGAACAAACUGAGGGAGGCUUUUCUGAAGGUGCUAAGGAUUGUGAAAGAUUUCUACAAAAGAAAGAAUAUUCUGUUCUAUAGAGAAUCCUGA